GUACAAUCAUGCUAGUCUCAUCCACUGUGUUUCUAAAUCGUGUAGUCACUCUGGGAAACAGUCACUUAUAAUAUCCCAAGAAGUGGCGUUUACAAGUUUUAGGAUCUAGGAAAAUACCACAACACCUUCACAAUGUCUAUUAUGUCCUAUAACGGAGGGGCCGUCAUGGCCAUGCGGGGGAAGAACUGUGUGGCAAUAGCAGCUGACCGGAGAUUUGGCAUUCAGGCUCAGAUGGUCACCACAGACUUCCAGAAGGUGUUUCCCAUGGGAGAUAAGUUGUACAUCGGGCUGGCUGGACUUGCCACUGAUGUUCAGACAGUAGCCCAGAGGCUUAAAUUCAGACUUAACCUGUACGAGCUGAAGGAGGGUCGCCAGAUCAAGCCUAAGACCUUCAUGAGCAUGGUGUCCAACCUGUUGUAUGAAAGGAGAUUUGGCCCAUACUACAUCGAGCCUGUGAUUGCCGGACUAGAUCCCAAAACCUCAGAGCCAUUCAUCUGCUCCUUGGAUUUGAUUGGCUGCCCCAUGGUGACAGAAGACUUCGUUGUGAGCGGCACCUGCUCGGAGCAGAUGUAUGGCAUGUGUGAAUCCUUGUGGGAGCCAGACAUGGAACCAGAGGACCUGUUUGAGACCAUCUCCCAGGCUAUGCUGAAUGCAGUUGAUAGAGAUGCAGUGUCUGGUAUGGGAGUCGUCGUACACGUCAUUGAGAAAGACAAGAUCACCACACGAACCCUGAAAGCCAGGAUGGAUUAGAGCUUCUGUUUCUUCCCACACUUCACCAACACACGUUUUUGUAUGAAAAUAUUAAACAAUGCUUGUACUGUCUCUUUUUUCUUCCUCAAUAAAUCUAAAACAAUGAACUUGA